AUGAGCUGGUGUGGAGGGGGAGCGUCAGCAGCUGUGGGAGCCCCUGGCGACGCCCCACAGUCUCCCAACAACUCGGCCACAUCAUCCAGGUCCUCUGGCUGCGACUCCAACACCGAAGAGCCGUGCCAGCCACACCCAGGCAUGAGAGAUGUUGGAGUAUGGCUCAAGUCCCUGCGUUUGCACAAAUACUCUCCACUGUUAUGCAACCUCACCUACGAAGAGCUGCUGGCCCUAGAUGAAGCUACCCUGGAGAGCCAAGGGGUGACCAAGGGGGCUCGGCAUAAAAUUGUCUUGUCCAUCGCCAAGCUAAAAGAACGUCACAAGCAGCUUGUCCAAAUCGAGAAGGAAGUGAUGAAUGGCGGCAACCUCUUCUGCUGCCUCAACGACCUCAAGUCCAUCAUCCUCACCCCCUUCCCCCCCUACACUCCUCCCACCGACAAAGGAGGGGACGAGAGAGAGGCCUUGAAGGAGGAGCAGGGUGAGGCUUCGAGGCCAGCUGUCGAGGGAGACGGAGGCAGCUCCAUCCCUGAGGAUGACCUGCCCUCCCAGUUCACAAGGGUCAUGGGGAAAGAGAAUAUAGAAUUACACUUUAGAGAAAAAUAUUGUAAGAAUUUUAAUAGAAUAAGAAUGUGCACGCAGUUACUGGUCAGCGUAAGGCCAGAGGACGAGUGUGUGACGGCAUUCCUGGGUCUGGUGGAAAAGUGCGUGAACCAUGAGGCAUUCACACUGGCACAGACGAGACGGCUUCAGUCAUGGAAGCAGCAGAUCAUCCGCGUGUGGCACCCUCUGCCUCCCAAGACCAAGGACAGCCGCCACACCCGAGCUACUUUUCCAUAG